UUUUACCUCAACAUUUCGUCGUGAAGUGCUUGUUUUGGUUAAAAAUAUCGCUUUAGGAAAGCACGGAAUUCCGUUUUAAACAUGGAAAUUUGGUCUACCGGGACCCAAUGCGGCCAGGCGGAGGACCGAGAGGCUUGUUAAGCGAAGGAUUUGACACGUCUCCUGUGCUAUUGCUCCGCAUGUUCAAUUUCAUCGUAGAUGGUCUCCGGAGAGCGUUGUUUGCUGGUGGACACAGAGUUGUCGACGAGUAACAUGAAGGAGAUGAUUGGAGGGUGUUGUGUUUGCUCAGACGAGAGAGGUUGGGCGGAAAACCCCCUGGUCUACUGCGACGGACACGGCUGUAACGUCGCCGUGCACCAAGCCUGCUAUGGCAUUGUACAGGUGCCCACCGGUCCGUGGUUCUGCAGAAAGUGUGAAUCUCAGGAGCGAGCUGCUCGUGUGAGAUGUGAACUGUGUCCCCACAAAGAUGGCGCCCUGAAGAGGACUGACAAUGGCGGCUGGGCCCACGUGGUGUGUGCCCUGUACAUACCUGAGGUGGAGUUUGCGAAUGUCUCAACUAUGGAGCCCAUCGUGCUACAGUCUGUGCCCCAUGAUCGUUAUAAUAAGACAUGCUAUAUCUGCGAGGACCAGGGCAGAGAGAGUAAAGCGGCCACUGGAGCGUGUAUGACAUGUAACAAACAUGGCUGCAGGCAGGCCUUCCAUGUCACAUGUGCCCAGUUUGCAGGGUUGCUGUGUGAGGAACAAGGGUCAGAUGCAGACAACGUCAAAUACUGUGGUUAUUGCAAAUACCACCACAGCAAAUUGAAACACAAAGAACGGGACAGACACAAACCCAAACAUAAGAAGACCUCCAUGGACAUGUCCCCCUCCCUUGUUCUUCCAAACAUCAUGAUCCCAGAGAAGACCUUCAAUAGCAGCAGUUCUGUAGGAGGCGUUAUCCCAGCAUCCUCGCAGAAGAGACUGGACGACGGUAGUGCCCGUUUUACCAAUGCCAACUUUCAGGAAGUGUCGUCCACCCACUCUAUCGGAAGUUCCAAGGAUUGCCUUGCCGCUGAUGCCGGCAAAGUCACGUCUGACAUGAAGAGCAAGAAGAACUCUGGUGGAAGUCACGGGAUAGGACAGAGGGGCGGCCGGAAGUCUCUCACCUCCUCAGGGAAAGCUCUACCCUCAACUGCGGUCACCAUGACAACCUCUUCCACGGCUGCCUCAGCAGGGCCUUUCCACCAAGGGCUGCUGUUGACGAGUGCCAGCAAGACGGCGUCCGCCCCUACGUCUUCUGAUUUCCUAAGCUUCGCCGACUCCUCCUUGCGAACGGGAGGCGUGACUUCCUUCUCGUCGCCGCCGUCUUUUAGCUGCCUCGUGAAGCCGAAUUCAGAAAGUGGCGCUUCGGAGGGAACGACCAAUCUUUUCGGGUCUCUUGCAGCGGGCGCUCCUGCAGUAGGCGGAAAGCUGUACGAGAAUUCCCACAGCCUGUCAGCCUGCGAGACGACAAGCCUCAGCGGCUCCGCCGCCUACAAACGGCAGCAGCCCUCCGGCACCGGACAGGGAAUCACUGGAGCGACCACAGGAGGAGGGGAGGACGGCGUGAAGAAGAAAAAGAAAGGCAACUGGCGCAACAGAUUUGGACCGUGCUUCACAACGGACGCCAAGCCACCGGAGUCGUCCCCCUCCCACACUCUACCCGCUACCUCCACGGCAAAUGCCUCCUCUUCUCCCGCGGCCCCCCCUCCGUCAUCGUCCUCGGUGCUCUCUGGCCGGUCCAGUUUAGCUUCCAGCGCUGGCUUAGGAAUGGGAGGAGGAGAGAGGGGACUUGGGGUUAUAGGUGUCGGCAGCGGGAUUCAGAAGUCCCCCUCACUUCUCAGGAAUGGGAGUCUGCAAACAAACAGCAGCCCAGGUGUUUUCUCCUGUGGCGACGGGUCGUCAUUAUCGGGGCCCGGAGCCAUCGCCAUGGGCGGCGUCACCUCUGACCAACCGCAGCCCACGCCUUCACUGGCCCCUCCUUCACCCUUCACCGCCACCGCACCCCUGACCAGCACGGCCGCCACACACGUAAGCGGCCUUCCAGGGUCGGUAUUCAACUUGGCCCCCUCACAUAUGUUUGGGAACCGUCUGAAUCCAAACUCCGCCAUGGCAGCGCUCAUCGCCCAGUCGGAGGCCUCGCCCGCAGAUCCGGAGGCCGGAGACAGCAGCGUCGGUGUGCAGGGUUUCUCGAUAAGGGCUUCUCCCAAGACCACGCCGCGCUCGCCAAUUGGCGGCCUGCAGAUCCGCUACGACUCGUCAGGGUCGUUGCCAGGACCGGGGUUGGGGUUGCUAGGGGCCGGGGGAGGCGGCGAGACGCUGCCCCCGGUGGCCACCACCAUCGAGCAGCUCCUGGAGAGACAGUGGAACGAGGGACAGAGCUUCCUGCUGCAGCAGGGCGCGCAAGGAGAUGUGGUGGGCAUGCUGAAGUCUCUCCAUCAGCUGCAAGAGGAGAACAGGAGGCUGGAGGAGCAGAUUAAAACGCUCAGCAUGAAAAGAGAGCGACUGCAGCUUCUUAGCGCUCAGCUAUCAGUGCCUUUCACACCCACCUCAACCUCCUCCGAUAUAAAGGGAGGAAGCACUGACUCAUCUUUACCUGUGGCAGCUCAGGACAGCGUGUCAUGUGGUGGUCACAGCAGUAGUGGCUCCACCUCUUCCCUGUCGACACCCCCCUCUCUUUCCCAAAGUCCACCUCAGCCACAGCUGAACGGCGUCAUCGCCGCGGGGACCUCCCCAGCCGGGUUAGGCGGUAUGUCAGGACUGAUGGGCACCUUUGGAGCCGGCGGUACGCUCGGCAUGGGGGGUAUCGGCGGCGGUCUGAACGGAGUCAUCCAGACGCCGGCAGUGACCGGAAGCCCGCACGCGACGGGAGCCGUCACCUUACCCGUCAAUAACAGUGCUGUCCGGCUCAGCUUGGCAGACCAGCAGAGGCUCCUUCAGCAGCAUCAGCUCCAACAGAUGCUGACAUCACAGCCCUCAGCAGAGCACUUGCAUUGACUUCACUCCUCGGACUCUGAAUCCUGUCUUGAAAUAUUUUUCUGAUCCGGACAACUUCCAUCACAUCAUUCAUUCCCCGUGCCACCUUAUCACAUCUUGCCCACACCGGUAUAAGUAACGCGGUAACAUCAGGACCAGCUGCUGGCCACAUUUCCUUCAUCGCUGGCCGUCAAACCCUUCCAGGUGCUCUUGUACGCGCAAGAGAAGAGUCAAAUUUCAAUAUGCCUACAAUUAAUGGACAGUUACAUCUUUUUUUUAAAUUCCUGCCUCACCCAUCCCCAGUCACCUCUGAAGUUGGCCUCCCAUGAAACGCAAAUUUAUUGAAAAAAUUGUCAUUCAUUUGUGCUGAAUUUUUUUUUUUGUUUGUGCUGCUAUGGUUUUUGAGAUAUUAACAAUUCUUUAAUUGGUCAAUCUGAGGUCAACCAGCCACCCCAUUUUGAUUAAAAAUGAUGUCAAUUGUUUGUGCUGUAAAAGUUUUCAUUUGUGCUGCUAUCAUUUUUGAAAUAUGAAUUUCGAGUGAUCACGUAACGCAGCCAACCAUUUAUUGCAAAACGGGCCCGAAAUGGAGCCAUUCCAUUCGUUUAUGCCACCUUUGUACUGCUAUCAUUUCACAGAUAUUGAGAUAUUAAUAUUGAGUCAUGGCGUCACUUGCUAACAUCCGCGACUGAUGGAGCGUACCAACUUUCUCAGUAAGAGGGGUGUCCCAACAACUAGCUUUGUCACCCCUUCCAGUCCAUUAUGCAGUAAAUGGGGGGUUUGUGAUAUUAAUUUCAAGUGAUGACAUCACUCGCAGGCCUUCCGUCUCCUAAAUUCCGCAACUGAUGGAGCGUACCAACUCUCUCAGUAAUAGAGGGGUGUCCCAACAACUAGCUUUGGCACCCCUUCCGGUGCAUUUUGCAGUAAAUGGGGGGUUUGUGAUAAUUAUUUCGAGUGAUGACGUCACUCCCAACUUUUCCGUAUCCAACUCCAAAUAACUGAGGGGUGUCCCGACUAAUUUUGCCACCCCUUCUGGUCCAUUUUGCAGUAAAUGGGGGGCUUGUGAUAUUAACUUUGAGUCACACUGUCACUCGCAGCCAUUCUGUGUCCAAAUCCCACAGCAAACAGAGUGUACCAACUCUCAAUAACAGAGGGGUUUCCCACCAACUAGCUUAAACAUAGCAUAAACAAACACCCCUUCCGAUCCAGUCUGCAGUAAACUGGGGCUUGUCAUAUUAAUUUCGAGUGAUGAGGUCACUCGCAAUUUUUCCGUAUCCAACUUCCGCGGUUGACGGAGCAUACCAACACUCUCAAUAACAGAGGGGUGUCCCAACAACUAGCUUUGUCACCCCUUCCGGUCCAUUUUGCAGUAAACGGGUGGGGCUUGUGAUAUUAGUUUCGAGUGAUGACGUCACUUUUCCGUGUCCAACUCCCGCAGCUGAUGGAGCGUACCAAUUCUCUCAAUAACAGAGGGGUUUCCCAACACCUAGCUUAAACGUAGCACGGACAAAUCACACUUCUUUUGAGAUCCAUUUUGCAUUAAAUGAGGGGCUUGUGAUUAAAAUUUUGAGUGAUGACGUCACUUGCAGCCCUUCUGUCUGUCCGCUGACAGAGCAUACAAACUCUCUCAAUAACAGAGGGGUUUCCCAACAACUAGCUUAAACAUAGCACAAACAAACGGCACUCCCUCGGGUCCAUUUUACAGUAAAGUGUGGGCUUGUGGUAUAAAUUUAGAGUGAUGACGUCAUUUGCAGCCCUUCUGUCCGGCGGCUGACGGAGCGUACCAACUGUUUCAGUGACAGAGGGAUGUCCCAACAACUAGCGCAAACGUAGCACAAACAAAUGGCACUCCUUUGGGUCCAUUUUGCAGUAAAUUGCAGGCUUAUCUAAAUUUCGAGUGAUGACAUAGCUUGCAGCCCUUCCAUCUCCUAACUCCAGCGGCUGACGGAGCGUACCAACUCUCUCCAUAACAGAGGGGUGUCCCAACAACUAACUUAAAUUCAGCACAAACAAAUGGCACUCCUUCCGGUCCAUUUUGCAGUAAACGGAAGGGCUUUUGAUGUUCAUUUCUAGUGAUGACGUCACUCCUAACUCCAGCAGCUGACUGGGUGUACCAACUCUCUCAACAACAAAAGGGUGUCCCAACAACUAGCUGUGACACCCCUUCCGGUCCAUUUUGCAGUAAAUGGGCGGCUUGUGAUAUUAAUAUCGAGUGAUGAUGUCACUCGCAACUUUUCCGUAUCUAACUUCCACGGCUGACGGAGCGUACCAACUCUCUCAAUAACAGAGGCGUGUCCCGACAACUAGCUUCAACGUAGCACAACCAAAAUGAGGGGCUUGUGAUAUUAAUUUUGAGGAAUGACAUAGCUCGCGGCCCUUCCGUGUCCUAACUCCAGCGGCUGAUGGAGCGUACCAACUCAAUAACAGGGAUGUCCCGACAACUAGCACAAAUGGCACCUCUUUGUGUCCAUUUUGCAAUAAAUGGGGGGCUGCGUGACGUCAUCACUCAAAAUUAAUAUCUCAAAAACGAUUACAGUACAAACUAUUGACACCAUUUUUAAUCCAAAUGGGGGGCUGGUUGACCUCAGAUUGACCUAUAAAAGAAUUGUUUAUGUCUCAAAAACGAUAGGAGAACAAACAAAUGACAUAAACUAAUCUAUAAAUUUGUGUCUACCAACUUCACGGAGGUUCUCCAGUCCGGUCUUUCUGCUGUGUCACUCUCUCAGGGGCCUCUCUGCACGAUAGCACGUGCGCUAGCAUUCAAGGCUGCUAACAAAAAAGGGCACAACACUAUGUUUUGUUAAAAAUACCAUUUAAAAAAAAAAGACUUUCUACAGUAGCGGAUGGAUUUCUGUCAUCUCUCUGGAAGUGUCUACGAAAAGACAAAGCUAUCUCAGCAAUUCCACUAUCAGCCUUCUUUUCGGUCACAAAGCCGGACACGAGAAAGCUAACUUAAGAGGGGACGCGUGUCGACGAGAGAAACUACUAUGAAAUGGGAAGGCACGUGGAAGCGGUCAUCCCUUUCGAAUGAACAGCUACCUCUUCAGCACACAGGACCUAAACGGCCGACACGAGUCGGCAAGAGUAGGGACCGGCCAAUCAGCGUCCACGCCCAAAGUGCCUGAGGCCAAGCGUUGAUUUGAUAUUCCUAUUUUUUUCCUCCGUCUUUUACUCUGCUCUCACCUACUGCUGCUGGCAAUUAAGCUGUGUUGCCAAGGCAACAGAUUACUAAACUCUCUGAUGUCACUUAAAACCAGGAAAUGUUUCUGUGCUGUUAUCUGCUAAAGCUAACUUUCAUAUUUUUUCUUAAUUUAUUUGUUCAUGUAAUGGGUUUCAGAUGAUUUUAUCAUCCAAGCCCACAGAUGUUCCUAUUUAACAUCACCCUCUACUACUGUGUAAAGUUUGUUUUUUUUCCUACUUUGAUUUAUUGUAAACAUUUUGAUUUGAGGUUUUUUUUUUUGUUGUUGCUUCAAAUGAUUGAAGGUGUAUGCAGCUACAUCUGUUCCAUUGACGGCGAUACGAAUGUUCAUUCGCUGUUAGGCCUUCCAGUUCAAACGGAUUGGAAGUCUAUUAGAGACUCACUUAAAGGGGAAGUUCAGAAUUUUUGACAUUAGGCUUAAUCAAAAAGUUAGUGGAGGUUUAAUUAGUCGGUGGAUUUCAACAAAUUCCAUGCAGUUUCUUAGUUUUUUGUUAGUUUCAAGGUUCCAGAGUGGCUAAGCUAGCGCGAGUCAAUGGUCCCUUAGCAUGCCAAUACAAAACAUGUGCACGCAUGAAAAUCGAAAGACAGCGAGAACCAAAAGUGGUAUUUAGUAUGUGGCAAAAAUGAUCUUGCAAUGUGGCAUUUUUUGCCAUGUGGCAAAAUGGGUUUUACUGUGGGGCACUUUUUUUUGCCAUGUGGCAUUUUUUGGCCAUGUGGCAAAAUGUAUGUUGCCAUGUGGCAUUUCAUUUUUGCCUGUGGCAUUUAAUUUUUGCCAUGUAAAAAAUGCAUUUUGCAAUGUGGCAUAUAGUUUUUGCCAUGUGAAAAAUGCAUUUUGCCAUGUGGCAUUUUUUGCCAAGUGGCAAAAUGGAUUUUUCCAUGUGGCAUUUUUUUUUAUUAUUUUUUUUUUUGCAAUGUUGCAUUUUUUUGCCAUGUGGCAAAAUGGAUUUUGCCAUGUGGCAUUUCAUUUUUGCCAUGUAAAAAAUGCUUUUUGCCAUGUGGUAUUGUUUUUGCCAUGUGGCAAAAUGGAUGUUGACAUGUGGCAUUUCAUUUUUGCCAUGUGCAAAAUGGAUUUUGCCAUGUGGCAUUUUUUUUUUUUUUUUGCCAUGUUGCAUUCCUGCCAUUUAAAAUGAAUGGAAAAUUUAGACGUUCAUAGCCGUCAAUGGCAUAGCCUUAUUUGGUUGCCAGUCGAAUGUCAAUGUGCUGUAACGUAAAGUGUAUGGUCCAAAAUCACAACCACGCGGUUUUCUGCCAUUCAAAAUGAAUUUAAAAAAUUGGACGUGCAUAGCCGUUAAUGGCAUAGCCUGACUUGGGUGCCAGUUGAAUGUCAAUGCACUGUAAUGAUAAGUGUAUAGUCAAAAAUCACAGCCACACAUGUUUUUCUGCCAUUUAAAAUGAGUGUAAAAUUUGGAUGCGCAUAGCCGUCAAUGGCAUGGACGUGCAUGGCCUGCAAAAAUGCUACACGGUCGAGUGUCUGACGUCACUCGACAAAAUGGCAAAUAAAUAACAAACAAACUGCACGGAAUUUGUUGAAAUCAGUUAAACCUACGCUAACUCGAAGAUUAACCCUAAUGUAAAAAAUUCUGAACUUUAACCGCUUUAAGGAUGAAAAGAAACCACAUGAUUGGACGUCUAUCAUCGUCAAUGGCACUGAGAGUUGAAAAGUUUUUUGAGGUCGUGUCUGUUUUUACCUCGUUCAGUGUAAAUAAUCUUCUUCCUCAUUGGCCGUUGGUGUACAUAAGCGUUGUGUGAUGAAAAGCCAAUGAAACCUCAGUUUGUAUGUUGUAAUUUUUCAAGGGGGGAGACGAUAAGGUUGAAGGUUUACUGAACACACAAAGUAUUAAUUUAUUUUUAUAUGUGCAGGGACAUUGUGUGUGUGUGGUUAUUUUUUUUAAAGGUUUCACACUGUUUUUCUUGACAUUUUCUACUCCAGGGCACCAUUUGUUUUCCCCAUCCGUGCACAAAAUGUUUUUAUGCGUUUGUACAAUUGAUAAAUUUAUGGUGUGCAGGGAAUUGACAUUGUAUUUCAGAUCACAAAUUAAAGAAACACUUUGGAUUAAGUGAUUUGCGUAUUUGUCUUUUCAAGGUGAUGGUUUUUAAAAUCAGUCAUUUUGUAGGAGAAUUGUAUGAA